GGAUGGGAGGUGGAUGGUUGCAGCCAGGCCUCAACAUCCGAGGUGCAGAGAGCAAACUCCGCGCCUCUUGGUGUCCUCACAAUAAAGGUUUCCCGUGAGUCAUCAUCGCAAGUAGUUGCACUGGUGCAAGUGCAGGCUUUUCAUUGAGUCACUUGUGGACCUGUCGACAAGACGCAGCGCCACCACACUGUGAGUUAAGGAGUAGCAGACUUGGGAUAUGGCGACAAUGGUGGUGUGGUUGUGGUCGAUGCUGCUGGUGUCCUACGCCGUGCAGGAGUCAAGGGGAAGUAGCGUCAUUGGCUUCGGGGCAUGUCCUCAACCUCCCGUUCAGCAAAAUUUCGACGUCAAUCAGUACACCGGUGUGUGGUAUGAGUACAAGCGGUUCCCGGUGCCGUACGAGUUCCUCGUGACAUGCGCAGAAGCCAGAUACGACGUGCUAAACGCUUCGGCAAUUUCCGUGACCAACACGGGAAUCCGUGACAUCACCAUUGCAGGCACACUUUACCCGUCGGUGCCAGCCAAACUUGUGGUCACUUUGGUGGACAGCGUAUGCCCCGGUAUUGCUAGGGGAAACUACUGGGUUUUGGAUACGGACUACGCGACCUUCUCGCUUGUCUACUCUUGCUUCUCGAUUAUUCCAGACUUCCUGCACUACGAUUCGGCAUGGAUCCUGACACGUGACCGAGGAGUUGCUCCUGGCAACAUCGAUGCUUUAUACCGCCUGCUCACAAACACAACAUCGAUCCCGCAACUUCUUUACAAACCAAAACAACUGCGACGCCACUAACCUUGGAAUCCUUUCCAAUGUUCUUACUCGCUAAGGAGACCAGAUACGGCCCCUAAAGGUCCAAACCUUCGUUUAUUCCGGCCUCCCCUCGGGUAUGAAGAAAAUACCCAUUUAUAUUCCUCACUGAACACCCAUGUACUUUCCUUUCAGUGGCAGGCGAAGUCUGGCUGGUACUGUAUAGUGUUACAUGUUUAUACAGGUGUAUGGUAAAACAAGAAUUACAAUCUUCAAAAAGAGUUGUCUUCUGUAAACAGACUUCUUCAUAUUAAUGCUAAUAAAAUUUUCUCCCUGACGUGUCA